GUCCUUCUCAUGCUGAGAGAUACUCUUCAGACUGCCUUUAACUCAGUUGGGAUCUGUCGUCUAUACCCUCACCGUCCUUCAUUUGAGCCCAAUAGAUUCAUACCGUCUUUAUUACUUGCCAAUUCAUGUCCAAUAAUUGUCCAAGGAACUGAUUCUCCAUCGAAGAUCUUUCUGCCACCCUACCCAUUUCCAAAUAUGACCAUUUAUCACCUCAUGACGUGGAUGAGCUCGCGCAGUCACCAGAAAUUGGAGAAUGAGGUCUAUGAUGUCCUCCAAGCUGACAAUUUUGAUAUUAAGCAUCUUGAGGGAUUUUUGGUGAAGAAGAACUUGAAAGAAUUGGAUAAAGAUAAGGGCGAGGAGAAAGUCACCUUCCCAGAUGACUGGAUCAAGACCGAUGUCACCAUCGACAUCCCUAUGAGAUUGAGGGAGGAAAGACCGAAGGUGUAUAGUAUUUCCAGAUUCCAUUAUUGCCCUCUUGUUGAAGUGAUCUGCGUGGCAUUUGCAGACAUCCAAGCAGGCGCAUUCUAUCUACUACCUUUUAAGCGACUAUGGAAGGAUCCAAUGGACGAUCACCAGGAGCGAAUAUUCAAUUAG